AUGGUAACUGCUUUUCUCAAGAAGUGGUACCCUCCUAGCAAGAAGGCUAAAAUUCGUGACAAGAUCUAUGACUUUAAGCAGCGACCGGGGGAACAACUAUAUGAAGCUUGGGAGAGAUUCAAGGAGUAUUUGCAGAAGAGUCCGAAUCAUGGUUUAUCGGAGCACAUAUGUUACACCUCGAAAAAUUUCCCGUUAGCGUGCAGUGAACAGACUAACGAAGGGUAUGAUGCUUGGCACUCAAACAAUGUUGAUGUUGUACCUUAUGGUAGUGCUAUGAUCCAGAAUAUGGUAAAGGAGAAUCUAGAUACCCAGCAAACAUUGAUAGAGCUUGCCACAAAUAUUUUCUUGCUAACAAAGAAGUUUGAUGAAACCCAGAUUAAGAAGGUAAAUGUUUGUGAGGAUGAUACAGUUAUGCCAAAAGGGAUGUACCAGACUCAAGAUGGUCCGUUUCAUGAUGGGCCUCCUAUGCAGGUUGAAGAUGCUAACUAUGUGAAUAACUCUCAAGGGGGUUAUCAAAGACAGAACUACCAAGGUGGUUACCAGAAUCAGAAUCAAUGGAGACCUCAGCAAGGUCAAGGUGCUUAUAACAACUCAGGGAACUACAACAAUAAUUAUGGUGGUGCGAACCAAGGGAGCUACAACAACAGUAACAAUUUUGGGAACAAGAGUUCUAAUCCUUAUAUACAACCGAAAGGGCAAUCAACAGAGCAAGCGGCUAUUCAGAAGCUUGAGUCACAGAUGAGGGAUAUUUCUAGAGAGCAGCACCCUCCUAAAAAGGGAGGACUUUCGAGUGACACUAUUCCGAAUCCGAAGAAUGGGGGAGGCGGUGUAGACCGUGUGUUUUCCAUCACUACUAGGAGUGGUAAAAUACUCCAAAGGGUUGAUAAGAAGGUUGUUGAUCUUGAGCCGAUAGAUGAAGAGGAAGAGGUGCAGUCUGAAACACAAAUUAUUGUUAAUGAGAAUCCUACUGAUAAGAAGGGUGCUAAUAUUCCAGAGAUUGUGAAGGAGGCUAAUAACACGAGCAAGCAGACUGCAAAAGGGGCUCUCCGCCCUUGGAAUCAGCUUUUCAAGUCUAAACCUCCCUUUUCUAGAGAACACCUUACCAAGAAGAAAACGGUUCAACAUGAAACCGUGAGUUUGACGCACACUGUGAGUUCCAUCAUCUCAACUACUACUGUUCAGAAAAAGGGAGAUCAUGGGGCGUUCACCAUUCCUUGUUCUGUUGGGCACAAUGAUUUUGCUCGAGCUUUGUGUGAUAAUGGGGCGAGUAUUAAUCUGAUGCCACUUGCUAUAUACAAACAAUCAGGUUUGGGGAUGCCAAGGCCAACUACUAUGAGGGUACAGAUGGCUGAUAGGUCUAUCAAAAGGCCUGUUGGUAUGGUUGAUGAUGUGCUUGUGUGGGUUGGUGAAUUUAUGUUGCCCGCUAAUUUUGUGAUUCUUGACUAUGCUGUUGAUAGAGACAUUCCUAUUAUUCUGGGGAGACCCAGAAUAAUAGGGAGAGCUCUGAUAGAUUUGGAGAAAAAUGAAAUCAAGUUAUGA